ACCAAUCAAUAACAACUUAAAAUGAGAGCAAAAAUCAUUUGUUUCGGCCGUUACUCUUUCUUGGGCAUUGUUUUGUUGCUGUUUGCCAUUUGCUUGCUUUGACUAAAGGAAAUUUAAGUAAGACCCACGACGAAGCCGCUGCCAUUGAGAAUGGAAUGAAUUUAGUUUGAAACAUAACGUGCAACAAGAUAAACGCAUAACGCUGUGUGAAGGCAAAUAAGUCUAAGGCGCAGAAACAGAAAAGCAAACAAAAUAAAUACGUGAAAGUCUUGUUACGGGAAAAACCAAAAAGAGAAAAGAAUUUUCCGAAAGGGAGAGCAAAUAAAAGAAAACUCUCUCUGUGGUUGCCAAAAAAAAGAAAGGAAAUCAAAUUCAAAUUGGAAAAAUCUCACCAAAAAAAAGAAAAUAAAGGAGAAUAAAAUCAUCCCCCUUUUUAACAAACAUAAACCAGACAAUUGUUCUCAAGAAAAAGCAAAAUAAGGCAAAUUUUAGGGCAAAAAACUGCACAAUUUCCAUACCAUACAACAACAAUACCAUCUUGGGCUGCGACUCUGCAAAAAAAAAAUUUGCUAAGGAUAUCCGAAUUCCUACUCAGACAUCCAUCUAUCAGUUAGUCCGUUCUCAAACAUUGCAAAACAAAGGUAUUGUAACACUUUAACGUCGAAUCGGAAUUUUAGUUUCAAAUGAAACGUUAAUGUGAAAACACAUCAGAAUUACAAGAAAACAAAACAUUUGUAAGAAAAAAGAAAAAUAAAACACAACAACAACAAAACAGAAAAUAUGAAUGAAAACAAAAGUUCUUAAAUGAAAUGGAAAACAUUUUUUACGAACGCACAAUCAAAAUCGAACGCACAAAAUUUUAUUUUGAAAUGGAAUAUAACUAAAUAAAGAUAUUUUCAAGCAAAUUUUUACGAUUACGUGCAAAGUGUCACACACAAAAAAAAUUUUCGUUGGAUAUUGAAACAUUGCAAAUCAGUGAAAUAAAAACAAGAACAAAACGCAGAUAAAUAUUUUCUGUAAAAAAACCCCCCUCAAUUUUUAAAACAUUUUUACAUUGUGAAAAUGGUUAUGUCAGAGCUACGUUGGCAUUCAUCAACACCGGAGGAUAAUAAUAAUUCACUGAAACGUGAUUUAUUAAAAACACCAACCACCGCACACCAUCACAUUAUGCAAAAUCGAUAUAUCACACGUUUGUCCCGAUCACCCUCGCCCAUGCAAUCCAAUGGCUCCGAUUGUGAUGACAAUAACUCGAGUGCUGGCAACUCAAGUGACCGCUGUCGUUCGCCGGAAAGUCCAUCACUGGAUCUGUCGCGCCCUCCCAUAAAAAGGCGUCAGUGGUCGCCCUUAUAUUCAUAUGCUUUACAUGGCCUAAAUACCCAGCAUCCUCAUCACCCUCAUCAUCAUAUGCAUCACUCACCGCCUCUCUCAGCGCAUUCGCCGAAAUUAAUGAAGCCCCUGAAAACUGCAACCUCACAAGAAGACCCACUGCCGGAGGAGGAAGAAGAGGGGGCGUUGAAUUUGACAAGUGAAAAUUCUCGGCACAGUUCUCAGUCGCCUGCCCUGUCACUGAAAGCAUCAAAGGCCACAAGCACCCCAACACAAAUUGCCAGCAGCAACAACAACAAUGGCCAACAACCCAUUGCUCCAACAAUUCAGGGACCCACCAGCAGCAGUACACCCCUGGCAUUGCCUCCCCUGACUCACAGCCCCUUGGCUGUGCUACCACCAGGUUUGGGUUCACCUCAAGCCCAGCUGGCAGCAGCUGCUGGCUUGGGUUUCUCCAAUCCCCUAUUGGCCCAAGCAGCGGCCAUGGGAGGCCCUCUGUCCCCCCAGGACUUUACACAAUUCCAACAAGUUUUGCAGCAACAACAACAUGCUUUACAACAACAAUUUCAACAUUAUGUGGAGAUUUUACGUAAUGGUUCCAUGCCCACCAUGGGUCCGGCAGAUGAUCCCUCCGUGGCAGUUCAGGUGGCGACGGCGCAAUUUCUGCUGCAGAGGCAGGCUUUGACACAGGCGGCCCAACAAUUGCAGGCCCUGCAGAAACAACAACAAGACAUGCAACAGCAACAGCAGCAGCAACAACACCAAACUUCAUCGCAACAAUUGUCUAUUAAAACCGAGCCAGAUGCACACCAUCUAAGCUAUGAGCAACCUUUGCAUUUGAAAAACGCCACACAUCAUCAACACCAUCCUCAUCACCACCAUCACUCGUCGACUCCACUACAGCGAAGCCCUCUACAAAGUCCGGCCACCUCACCACUGCCAUCACUAUAUACCUCCAGUUCGGCAAUGCUACACAACUCCCAGCACACCCCACCACCAUCGGGUUCCUCCAGCUCCCUUAAGGUUAGUGGCCUGCUCACACCCAAUACACCAAGUGGACCUCAAACACCACAACUACCCAAAAGUAUGGCAGCUGCCACACGAGCCCCUGAAGCUUCACCCGAAGAGACAACCGAUUUGGAGGAAUUGGAACAAUUUGCCAAGACAUUUAAGCAAAGACGUAUCAAAUUGGGUUUCACUCAGGGCGAUGUGGGUUUGGCCAUGGGCAAGUUGUAUGGAAAUGAUUUUUCGCAGACUACUAUUUCUCGGUUUGAGGCAUUGAAUUUGAGUUUUAAGAAUAUGUGUAAAUUGAAGCCACUGCUACAGAAAUGGCUAGAUGAUGCAGACCGGACAAUACAGGCAACGGGAGGCAUUUUCGACCCCACCGUCCUACAGACCACUGUCACCACACCCGAAAUAAUGGGUCGUCGCCGUAAGAAACGUACCUCGAUUGAGACCUCCAUUCGUGGAGCUUUGGAGAAAUCCUUUAUGCUAAAUCAAAAACCAACCAGCGAAGAAAUCACCCAACUGGCUGAUCGCCUGUGUAUGGAAAAAGAAGUGGUACGCGUGUGGUUCUGUAAUCGCCGCCAAAAGGAGAAACGCAUUAAUCCCUCCUUGGAUAGUCCUGAUAAUGGUGAUGAGUCACCCUAUAUGAUGAUGUAAAUGGGGUAAAAGGUGCGGGAGACUGGAAUAUCAACAAUUUAUGGAAUCGGGCAUUGUGGCAAUCGAAUUUUUUCUCUAUACUUAACUUUGUGUGCAUGUGUAUAUCUGUGUAGCUGUAAAUAAUUUUGGAUUUCCUCCCGGAAAACAUGGUUUUUGAAAAAGGAAAUUACUUUGGAAAUGAAUUUUAAAUGAGAAUGACAAAAAUGUAAAUAUCUCUGGAAUAAUAUAUAAUAGUUCAUUACCAUUCCUAAAAAGUCCAAAAAAAUACGAUUUGAUACAAAAACGUAAUUUUCAUAAAACAAAACUAAUUUAAGAAAUUUGGUAUACAAGUAAAAAGCGAGAGGAAAAAAAAAAAAACAUUUUAAGUAUUAACAAAAAAGAAUGUCGAAUUAUUUAUAAUGAAUAUAUGUAUAUGUGUAAGUGAAAUCCCCAACAGAGAAUGGAUGCCUCAGAGAAAAAGGCGCCGAUAAAAGACACUUGUUUAUGUUCACUUUAGUAUAUAUAAAAAAAAAUAAACAGAAUAUAUCACUAGACUUUAGAAACUAAGCUACAAAAGAAUUUACAACAACCAGCAACUAAAUUAAACAAAGAAUUUAAUAAAAAAAAAACUUUGAAAUAACAAAAAUUUAACAUUUAAGAAACAUUAAGUUUAGGAGAAUUUAAAUAAUUAAAAAAAAAAUGAAACACCAAAAUGGUAUCACUAACUACCACCCUCCCCCAAGACACCAAACAGUUCCUACUAAUGUUACCCAUAAAUUUAUAACAAAAAAAAAAAAAAACAAACAUUUUUGGAUAAUAUUACUAUUGAAUUGUUACCAAAAAAAUAAUCUCUUCUUUGUCUCUAAAAAAAUAAUAAAUAUUUCGGAUAUUUGCCUUUGGGUAACAAAAGUCAUCAACAGGAACUCAAAGCAAUUAUUUGAAAUUAUUUUUAAUUUUUUCAUAACUGUCUUUAGUUUUUAAAAAAUUAGAAUUCUUUAUUUCUUCUAUUCCUUAUUCACAUUAUAGAAAAUUAUCAUACAAAAUAUUAGCAUGUAUUAUUAAAAAAGUAAAACAAAAAAAUCUUAAUAUUUAUUUAAAUAAAUAUUUACUGUGAUAAUAAUUUGUAAUGUUUUAAAUGUUUAUAGCUUGUAAGUCAUGUCAACCCCCUGUAUAAAUAAAUAAAAAUUGAAAAAAAAUUAAAUUGUAGGCAUAACCAUAAGCCAAACUUUAUUACUAAUUUUAAAUGUAAUUUAUGUAUAGAAGAAAAAAAAAACAAAAUUAAAAACAAAUAAAAUUAUUUUAAAUUUAAUAAGAAUAAAACAAAAUAUCAAAAUAAAUGAAAAAAAAUUGUCAUACACAAAA